GCUCCUUAUUUAUUGACAUACAUUAGAAAAUGGAGAACGCUGUUGCUAAUUCCAAUCAUCUCAAUCAAUUGAUGGGAAGAGAUUACUUUUGAAUGCAAAUAUAUUUUCUUGUUAAUAUUCCCAUUUUUCCCCUUGUUCUGGCCAGACUGCUGUUCAUGGUGGCAUUGGGCACGUAUUCAGCAAACUAACAAAGGAGAUUGGAGAUCCUGUUGACUUUGAACUUCCAGAUUGGUUAAAUAAAUGGCAAUCAAUGCCCUAUACCUUUAUAAAGCGCAAUAUAUACCUUACUAAGAAGGUAAAGCGACGUGUGGAAGAUGAUGGUAUAUUUUGUUCCUGCAGCUCAACGGCAGAAUCUUCUGCUGUGUGUGGCAAGGAUUGUCUCUGUGGCAUGCUGAUGUCUAGCUGCUCCUCGGGUUGUAAAUGUGGGAGUUCUUGUCUGAAUAAGUUAUUCCAUCAACGUCCUGUGAAGAAGAUGAAAUUAGUGAAGACUGAGAAAUGUGGCUCUGGGAUUGUGGCAGAUGAAGAUAUCAAGCGAGGAGAGUUUGUCAUAGAGUAUGUUGGAGAAGUUAUUGAUGACAAAACAUGUGAAGAGAGACUUUGGAAAAUGAAGCACAGUGGGGAAACAAACUUUUACUUGUGUGAAAUCAACCGGGAUAUGGUGAUUGAUGCCACUUACAAGGGCAACAAAUCCCGAUACAUUAAUCAUAGUUGUAGUCCAAAUACUGAGAUGCAGAAAUGGAUGAAUGAUGGUGAAACAAGAAUUGGCAUAUUUGCAGCACGGGACAUUAAAAGGGGCGAGCAUCUGACCUACGAUUACCACAGGUUCGUUCAAUUUGGUGCAGAUCAAGAUUGCCACUGUGGUGCUGCAGGAUGUAGGCGAAAGCUGGGUAUUAAACCUAACAAGCCAAAACACCCUGCUUCAGAUGCUGCAUUAAAGAUAGUGGCACGUCAGGUGGCUGCCACCUCUCCAAAACUGAAAGCGCUUCUAUGCACGAAUCAU